CCGCACUAGGAAGUGACGCUUUCCCUGAGUCCCGGAGAGAAAGAAACAAAGUUUGGGGCUUUUUUUUUCUUCCCCCUCCUUCUUCUUUCCCCCCCUCUUUGGUGAUUGCUGCUCCGCGUCCCCCCGUGGGCGCCCGCCGUGCCUCGCUUCGCAGAGAUUUCCCUGGCAUCCUCUUUAAAACAGAUAGCGUCUCUUCCCUGAUACCCCCAAAUCACUUGAUGCCAUCCUGACUGCGUGUUUUGAGCGCGGUGUCGGGGCCGUCUACACUGGGGCAGCGUCGGCUGAGGGAUAGGACAAGGCAUUGAGAGUGAGCCACUGACACUGUAUAAGACUUCGAAAGACCAUCAAAAUUAUGCCAAAGUUCUUGGGGACACAAUUUAAGGACCUGUAACUACGUGGACCCUGCUGACCUCUGAACCACAAAGGAUAAGAGUGAAAAGAAGUGGGAGAAGCACACAAAGAAAAAGGAAGUGGAUGCACUUUCGUCUGGACUUCUUUCCUGCCCUUUAUUGCUAAAACCGAAUGGAAAAGAGAGACUUCCGUGCCUUUCCUCCCCCAACCUCAGGGAUGGGUGGAUUGUGAAUACGGUGUGUGCAGCUAGGAGAACAGACUGAACCAUGAAUCUACAGGCUCAGCAAAAGUCUUCAAGCAAAAGGACUGGGAAACGAACUGCCUAUUUUAAUGAGCAGGAAAUAGCUGUGUCAUCAAAAGAACCACAGCAGCAGCUUAAGGAUGGACAGUACUAUGGUCACGGCGGGAAUGUACAGGUCUCCCAAGCUGUGGAGAUUUCUCAGGCAGGAGGAUUAACAAGUGCCCCCAACAAUGUUGCUUUGAUGAACUCUGUUUACAAUCAAGACAGGGGAGAAUCAAUGAUGAUGUCCCAGACGGUAACAGCUGUCAAAUGGCAAAACUCGCUAAUGGGAAACCGGUUGCCAGAGAGGGGUGACAGCCACUGGCAGUCUCCGCCUUCGAUGUGGAACCACGGUAUGGUUUUUGGGGGCAACCCAAAAGGACCCCACUCCAAUGCUGGUGCCCCAGGCUUCUAUGGCCACCCAGAUGCCCUUAAAAGAAAUCAAGAGAAAGGAGUGUUCGUGUCACAGCUGGACUUGUAUGGAGAUGCUGUCCAGCAGAUGAUGUCCCAAAAGGCUCAGCUGGAACAGCAAGCCUUGGUUAGGCAGCAAGCUCAAAUGAAUUCUUUUCACCAGAUGCAGAAACAGCAGCAGCAGAAUCAAAGUCUGCCAUUGCAGCCUUUCCAACUUGCAUUUGGUCACCAAGGCCAAAAGCAGGGUCUUCCUGAGCUGUUACAUGUCUUUCAAGAAGCCCCAGCUUCUUCCAGUCCAGCAUUUACUGCUCAACAGAAACAGCAAGCUCUUCCCCAGCUACAACUGUUUGAAAAUUUCUAUCCUCAACAGCAGCAGCAGCAACAGGCUGCCACACAAGCCUUCAGUCUGCAGCAAACUACUUCCAUAGCACAGCCUCAUGUGGCAGCUGCAGCACCUCAGCAUCAUGUGAUGGCACACCAGUUCCAGCAAACAGAGAGGAACCAGGAACUAUUCAAGGCUCUGACUGAGCAGAACCAACAGACUGUGCUACCUCAGACCCAGAUUCCCUUUCCAAGAAGGUCACGGAGACUCUCCAAAGAAGGUGUCGUGCUGACAUCUGCAGGAGAAGUGAUGGCUUCCAAGCAGGCAGAAGAACAACCUAGCAAUUUAUUUCUGCAUCACUGGCAAACACAUCAGCAAGAGGUCCCAUUACAGCAGCUGCCUGAAUCACUGGCUCACAACAAAAGUAGCUUUUCGCACCCCAAGAGGAUGGAUCUGGGGCAGAAGGAUGUCCUGGUCAAUAGUGAACUGUGCCAGAUGGAAACAGACAGGCAAGCCACAGCCCAGAAUGGUGGAGAUGGGGAGAAACAGGCGGCAGCAGCUGAAGAAAACACUCAGAGAACUAAUGAUUUUCAGGGUGUCAGAGGUGGUGUAAUCCAGAGUACACGCCGGAGACGGCGUGUUUCUCAAGAAGCCAAUUUGCUAACUUUGGCUCAAAAAGCUGUUGAGCUGGCUUCUCUUCAGAAUGUAAAGGAGCUGGAUACUUCAGAAGAGAAGAAGAGUGUGCUGAUAGCAGCUCCAGGACCUACAUCUGCAAAAAGUGUUGUGGAAUUUGCUGAUUCUUCACCAGCUCCGAAAAGAGUCCGGGAGGAUAACAGCCUCGUGCCUCUUAUCAUUCCUGUUUCUGUGCCAGUGAGAAAAAUUGACUUGCAGAGCCUUGGAAAGGAAAAGUCUGAGGAUGGAAAGCUCCAGAGAGGCCAAACAAAUGAUCGAGCUCCUUGUGAACGCAAGCCUUCUGUGAUAGUCACUCGGAGGCGAUCUAAUCGUAAUACUAACAUGGAAACCUCAAAUCAGCAUGAAGAUGCUGUUCCAAAGGAUGAAGCAGAGGGCUUUGCCCGGAAACCAAAGCAGCGUCCCAGACCUGAGCCACUCUUCAUACCACCAAAAGCCGGGACCUUUAUUGCACCACCUGUUUAUUCUAACAUUACUCCGUAUCAGAGCCACUUAAGGUCACCUGUCCGUCUGGCAGAUCAUCCUUCGGAUAGGAACUUUGAGCUACCUCCUUACACUCCUCCGCCAAUUCUUAGUCCAGUGAGAGAGGGAUCUGGGCUAUAUUUUAAUGCGAUCCUCUCUUCAAGUGGUCAUGCAGUUCCACCUCCAAUGACUCCUAAAAGUGCCCACAGGACUUUGCUUCGAUCAAAUAGUUCAGAAGUUACCCCUCCUGUUCUUACAGUGGUGGGGGAAGCCACCCCGGUCAGCAUUGAACCGCGAAUAAAUGUAGGAACUCGCUUUCAAGCAGAAAUCCCAUCGCUCCAAGACAGAUCUCUGGCAGCAGUUGAUGAACAUAAAGCAGAGCUGGUGUGGCAGCCAUGGGGCGACCUGGAAACCAACAAAGUCACCCAAGAGAAUGUGGAAAACCUGCUAGCUGCUGCCUGUUCAAGCAUUUUUCCUGGGGCUGGAACCAACCAGGAGCUGGCGUUGCAUUUCUUACAUGAAGCAAAGGGAAGCAUUCUGGGAGCUUUGACGAAACUGCUAUUGAAGACGCCAGUACGAUCGUGUACCCACCCUUUGGCAGAUUAUCACUACACAGGAUCAGACAAGUGGAAAGUCGCUGAAAAAAAACUUUUCAACAAAGGCAUUGCAAUCUACAAGAAAGACUUUUUCUUGGUCCAAAAGCUUAUAAAAACCAAAACAGUGGCUCAGUGUGUGGAAUUCUACUACACAUACAAGAAACAGGUGAAAAUUGGUCGCAAUGGGACCUUAAUCUUUGGGGACAUUGAUGUUCCUAAUGAGAAAUCUAUGAAAGAUGAAGCUGAAGUUGACAUCAAGAGUUCCCAUAGGUUUGCACGUGUUCUUCCUCCCAGAAGGGACAUUUACAGUGAAGAACAGGGGCACGAGGAGGAGGAGGAAGAGGAAGAAGAGGAGGAGGAGGCAGAGGAAGGGUCGGAUAACAGAAAGAGCACAGGUCCUUUCAAAGAUGAAGAGACACUACAAGAUGGUGCAAUAGCCAAUGAUGCCAAUAUGAGGAGCCAAGAGGCAACUGUCACGAGCAGAAUUGGAAGGAAACCAAGGGAGACAACAGUGAAGCCUCGAAAACCUAUUACUAAUCCAGUGCAGAGGAGGCGGCGGAAACAGAAGAUAAAAUCAGAUGCUACUAGUAAAACUCAGAACACAGAAAACACAUUUCCAUGUAAAAAAUGUGGCAGGGUGUUCUACAAGGUGAAGAGCCGCAGUGCUCACAUGAAAAGCCACGCGGAACAGGAAAAGAAGGCAGCUGCACUGAAGCAGCAGGAGAGAGAGGCGGCAGCAGCGGUGGCGGCGGCAGCGGCAGCAGCAGCCCACAGCCAGGCCCGGCAGGAUGAGAGCAGUGACAGUGGGAGCAGCAGCAGUGGAAGCAGCAGUGCAAGCUCGGAUGAAGAUGGAGAAAUAUAGCAGCAGACCGGACGUGGAGGGAGUAGCAAGGCUGGACCCAACCUCCCUCUUGGUGGUCUCGCUAUUUUUUGCUUGCACUUUUCUUGCCUGAACCAUCAGGUCCCAGUUUCAGUGCUGACAUUUCCUCAUGCCACAUGUUCCACUUCACCUUGCCAGUACUGACCAAGCCGGAGUGGUAGACGAAAAGAUUUGUUUCAACUUGGAUUUAUUUUUUUUUUUAAAAAAACAAAUAAGAUUUCUAUUCUAUUUAUGAUAUCUGAGGUACAUAAUAUAGAACAAUGUCACCUGCAGUGGAAGUAAGUUCUCUCUCAGGUCAGUCAGACCUUUCUUUUUGUGCUUGUCAGGAAUCAUGAUAACAGGACUCCUGGAUAUAAAGGUUUCCGGACUGGAGCAAGAAAAUGAUGCUCUGCUCUGAGCUAAGUGUAUCCAGUUACUGUGACACUGGUGAUUUCUAGAUGUUUCCUUUCUCAGCAAGUUCUCCUUCCUGUUACGCUUUCCUGCCUUUCUGAGCAUUUAUUCAGGCAGCCAGCAAGUUUUGUGGAAAGGUGGUGUGCACUUCUCGCCUCUGCUUCACAAAAAUGAAAACUGGGAUGAGCAAGACACUUCUUCCUUUUGAGAGGAAGUAUUAUUUUUCAAAAGGAAGCCUGAGGUUGUUUCUUUUAUGCCAUUAAGAAUGCAACAACAGAUAUAAAACUAUCCUGUGGGAUUAGAGUAGCCACAGGCCUUGCAGGUUGUCUCAUCUUGGAAAACAAAAUAGUAUGUCUUUGAUUAACUUAAUGGAAAGUAGUCAGGGCUUCACAAGUGCAAUUUGAAAUGAAAACUGCUGGGUUUGACUUUGCAUAAACGGGAGCAAGUUUGUUUAGUGAAAAUGAACCAAGACCUUCUCGUGGGCUGGAUUGUGUGCACCUCGGAGAUGGGAGGAACGGACUCUCAUCUCCAGCAGCGAUCCCUCUGUGAAUGGCUUUUACCUCUCAACACAUCCAUUUCUUUCUUGUGGCAGCCCUCAUUUAUUCCUUGACAUUGCCGUCGUCAAGAGCUUGUAUGGUGGGGCCCUAGUUUCCCAAAUACUUCCUGUCAGACAGUCUGUAGGUGCAGGAGGAGCUUGUCACUUGUUUCCACGCUGCUGGCUGGACAGCCCUGCCUGCUGCCUUGUCCCGCUGUGAGCCUUGCUCUGUGCUGCCAGGCUGACUCUUCCUUCAGAACUGACACCUGCUAAUAGCCCAAAAAGCCUAGCCACCAAAAGCCUGCAGGUGAAAGAGAGUUAAGAAGUAAAGCGGCCCAGGUGACAUAGAUGUUAGAUUUGUGCGGGAUUGUUCUGUACAUCCUUAUAGCCUGCACUUGACCAUUAUUUUGUAAAGAUGGAAAGAAUGGGAUCGCUUCCUUGUGCUUUAGGGCUGGUUGGUCCCAGCCCCGUACCCCGGCUGCCCAGCGCCCUCCCUCCAGCCAGUGCUUGGGGCUGCGCUGAUCCCCAGCUCCUGGGUGCCAGCAGUGUGCGGGAUCGCCUGUGCCCUGCUCCAGCGGUGCCAUACCAAACCGCAUUCCCAGGCCGGGAUCCUAGCGGGGUUGCUUGUACGUGAACUACAGAAUGUUCCUGACUGGCUGAUUUUAUUUUUUUUUUUAUUUUUUUUUUUUUAAUCUUGACCCUUCAAGCUGCUAGGUAAGUUCCAGGUUAACUAUGGAAAGUGGCUCUAACUCCAGCGUGCCAUCUGGCAAUCUUUUCCCACCCUGUGGUUUUAUGGAACCAUGAUUACUUCACUUUCUGAGUCUGGGAGGCCGUCUGUUCUACCAGGUUGGCUUUGACGUAUAUUUGACUUUGGAUAGAAUCCUUUUUCUUAACAGCAGAAACAGUUACUACUCUUACAAAAUAAGUAGGAGUAUCAUUAAGGACUGCACUUUUUUCAAUGUUGACACUUUUGCCUUUAAGUGUUCAGUUUUCUGCCAAGGUUGUAUUUUUCAUUCCUAAUGAAAUUAGGAUUCCUUUCAGCGUUUGGAUGACUGUUCCACGUCCCUACAUGCGCGGGUCUUGUUGACUAACUAGGCUGUGGAAGCAGAUGGUGUGUCACGAACUGUUAAAAUCAUUCAAAAACUGCGAAGAACUAAAAGCUAUUCAUCUUUUUAAAAGAAGCUUAAGUAACCCAGUCUUCCUAUUGAGGGUUUCAGUGUUGAUUGUUAUCUUUUUCCUUUUGUAAAUUGGAGAAAAUGCUUUUCUACCAUUAUCCUAGGGCCCUCGAGAGAGCCGAAGCUUUAGCACACUGUGCCAGGACAGACAGUAGGUGAAGCAGCUGGGACCUCCUGGUCCACCUGUAGUACUGGGAUUAAUUCCAGUAAAAAGCAAUGAUGCAAUUAAGCUUAAAGUUCUGAAAUGUGUUUCUGGGAAGUUGCCAGUAGUUUCCAGAUCUUGAGAACUGCAGGGCAACAGUUCAGGAACAAGCAGGGCUUGUGAGUAUGUCUGAAAAGGAUUUAAAG